AUGAAUAACCAACAAUUUCGAAAACUCGUACUUGAUACACCCUCGAGGCAAGCUGCCGCAGGAGAUAAAAAUUCAAGCAUUGGCGCAACUCCCAGACGAGAUGGCGCAACACCUUCUGCCCUUGGUUCUCGAAUGCGAAGUUCAAUACCCAUGACACCCCGUUCAGUAGGUGGUGUUGAUUUCGCACGCCAGGUCGCCGAACAACGAGCUUUAGGCAAUCCUUCGCAAUCCAAGAAAUUUCGCUCAGUCGCCGCACCCAAAGGUUCGAAACUCGCAGCCGGAUAUACCGAUCGUACCAAAGACCGCAUCGACGAAGAUGAAGAUGAUAAGGGUUCUAGAGUCAAGGCAUUGGAGGAGAUGAUGAAAUUGCAACAGAUUGACGAAGCUACGUUUUUAAAAUUGAGGGAUGAGAUAUUAGGUGGUGAUGUGGAAAGCACCCAUUUAGUGAAAGGACUAGAUUAUAAGCUAUUGGAGAGGGUAAGGAGAGGCGAGGAUGUUUUAAGUGGGAAUAAUGACGACGAGGAUGAGGUUGACGAGCCGGAGGAUUUGGAUGACGAGUUUGAGAAGUUGGAGGAAAGGGAUGUCGUUGCGGUGGAGAAGGAGAAGAGCAAGAAGAAGGGGGAAAUGGCACCACCUAGUUUAAUACCAGGGAAGAAAAGGAAUAGGGAUCAGAUUUUGGCAGAGAUGAAAGCGGCGAGACAGGCGGCUAAGGAGGCAGCGCAACCAUCUCUCGGAGCAAGAUUCAAGAAGGUUGGAGACCCAAAAUCGAAGACCAGGACUGAAAGAGAUGAAAAGGGAAGAGAGGUUCUCAUUGUGGUUGAUGAGAAUGGAAAUGAGAAAAGGAAGGUCAGGAAAGUACAGAUGGAAUCGGAAGCAGAGAAAGGAAAUGGUUUAUUAAUGCCGAACAAGGAUGCGAAACCGCUGGGCAUGGAAGUACCGGAAAUACCAAAAGAGCCAGAACCAGAGGAAGAUGACAUCGAUAUAUUUGACGAUGCGGGUGACGAUUAUGAUCCAUUAGCUGAACUCGACGAAGAAGACUCGGAAUCGGACGUGGAGGCUGAAGAUGGAGAAGUUACGGAGGAUCAUAAACCAAAGAAGCCGAAAACCCAAGAUACACCACGAGAAAUACCCGCAGCUGGAAGUAUGGCGCCGCCUCCGCGGCCUAAUAAACCUAACAACUAUUUUGGUGACUCUGAACCGGCCUCCACAGACGAUGGAACGAAACCAAAAGCUUUCAGCGACCCAACUAUUCUCGCCGCUCUUAAGAGAGCCUCUAAUAUCAACCCUAUCUCCAAAGCUUCCGAGUCAGCAGAAGAGGCCGCAAAAGAAGCGCGGCGGAAGAAGAUGUUACAACAAGAUGACCGUGACAUGGAGGAUAUGGAUAUGGGAUUUGGAAGUAGUCGAUUUGAUGACGAAGCUGAUUUUGAUGAGACGAAAGUGAAACUUUCAGCGUGGGGUCAAGGAGAUGAUGAAGAUGAGAAAGGAGAGGGUAAAUCUCAGAGAAAAAGAGGUUCGAAGAAAAGAAAGGGUGAUGCGAAUAGUGUUGCGGAUGUUAUGAAGAUAGUUGAGAGUAGGAAGACUGAGUCAAACUCGCAAGCAACAAUGCCUCCUCGAAGAUCUGGUCGCAAUGCUAAUGCUACCGUCGCAGAUACUCAAACCACUGAACCCACAAAUUCCACAGCAAGGAAGGGUGAAGGACUAAAAACUGGAAAUACAGAAGUAAGUAAUAAGGUCGAGAAGUCAAUACCGAAGAAGGCUGCGGCGAAGCAAUCGAAAAGAAAAAAGUACUCAACGAAAGAGGACGGAGACGAAAAGGACGAGAGAACUGCUGGUUAUCUUGCAGCGUUGGAAGACAAUUUGGAAAACGCAGGUGGAAUCGACGAAGACGACGAAGCUGUUGUAUCCCCAAAUCCAGCCACCAAAGGUGCAAAGGCAAUUGCUGUGGAUAAAAAGGCUACGGCGGUUACCAAGAAAGCCCCUGUGAAACGCAAACUGAAGGACGAGGACGAAGACGAAGAGGACGGGACUGUUGCCGAGAAAAAGGUUACGAAGAAAAGGAAAACACAAAAUGAGAAAGACGCAAAAAUCAUGCCAUUAGCCGAUCGUACAUUGGUUUCGACUCUAAAGAAGGCUGUACAUAUUGGAGCUCAUGUUAGUGCUGCUGGCGGCGUACACAAUUCAGUCAACAACUCACUACGUAAUGGUGGCAAUGCGUUUGCUCUUUUCCUUAAAUCUCAGCGAAAAUGGGUAAAUCCUCCUCUAUCUUCUGAUGCUCGCGAUCAAUUUAAGGCUUUCUGCAAAGAGCAAAAAUAUGAUGCCUCGAAAUACGUCCUACCGCAUUGUUCAUAUCUUGUCAACCUAGCACAACCAGACGAAGAGAAGGCCAAGCAAGCAUACGAUUGUUUCGUGGAUGAUCUAAAACGGUGUGAGGAGUUAGGCAUCAAGCUUUACAAUUUUCAUCCGGGAAGUACAGGGGGCAAUCCAAGGCCGGAAGCCAUCGCACGUAUUGCAGCCCAAUUGAACAAAGCCCACAAGGCGACAAAGACUGUGAUCACAUUAUUGGAAAAUAUGGUUGGAGCCGGAAAUGUAAUUGGUUCUACAUGGGAGGAUCUUCGGGACAUUAUCGCUCUUGUUGAUGAUAAAUCCCGAGUUGGUGUUUGUCUCGAUACUUGUCAUACGUUUGCUGCAGGAUAUGAUUUGAGAUCGCCCGAAGCUUUUAAGGAGACUAUGGAUGGGUUUUCCAAGAUCGUUGGGUUACCGUACCUGAAGGCUUUACAUCUCAAUGAUAGCAAGUCACCGUUCGGUUCAAAUCGGGAUGUGCACGCAAACAUCGGUACAGGAUUUCUCGGUCUUCGAGCUUUUCAUAACGUCAUUAACUUCGAAGCUUUUCAGAAUAUGCCUAUGGUUCUCGAGACACCAAAUGAAAAGAAAGACGCUAAUGGAAAGAAUCUUGAAGAUCCAUCAACGUGGGCUACAGAGAUUAAGUUACUAGAGGGGCUACUCGAAAGAGAUCCAGAGAGCAAGGAGUUUAAGGAAGAAGAGCAGCGCUUACAGGAUUUGGGGGCUGAUGAACGAAAGAAGUUUCAGGACCAAGCUGAUAAGAAGAAGAGAGAAGUUCUCAAAAAAGGGCAGAAGACUAUUGAUUCCAUGUUCACAAAAGUAGUCGCGAAGAAAAACAAGAAAGGAAAGCAAGAGAGUGAUGAUGAAGGUUCCGAAGAUGGCAGCUGUUCACAUUGA